AUGUCUGAUAACGAACAGUGUGAUAAACUUGAAAAGUAUAAGAAAAACAGAACUGUUUUGAGAGGAUCUUGUACUAGAUUAAGUAAUCAAAUUGAUAGCUGUUUGAAGAGUGAAAAUCUAGAUUUCGAUACUUUAGAAGAAAACAUUGAUCAGCUGAACAUUAAAUAUGAAUCUUUAAUGAAGAUUGACGAUAAAAGUGAACCGUUGGUAAAAGCUGAAGAGUAUGAUUCCGAAGUGUCUUCUGUUUAUGAAUAUCGUGAUAAAAUUACUUUGAUGCUUUUUCGCGGUCGUAAAAAGUUAAAAGAUAACGAAAAGAGAAGUACAUCUUUUAGUAAUGAUAGUAGUAAUAUUUCAGAACGAUCUUCGCUUUCUCAUUCCAAAUCAGAACCUGUUUCUGAAAAUAAAUUUGUCAAACUACCUAAACUUACUAUUCCGAAAUAUUUUGGUCAAAUUACUCAGUAUUUAGAUUUUUGGAAUACUUUUAAAGCUUCGAUUCAUAAAAAUCCUGGUCUUUCAAAAAUUCAGAAAUUUAAUUAUCUUCGAAGUUAUUUAGGUGGACCAGCCGCUAUGGCAAUAGAAGGAUUUGAGAUUACCGAUGACAAUUAUGACGCAGCGUUGAAAAUUCUCGAGGAGCGUUUUGGAUCGAAAGAUCUUAUAAUUCAAGAACAUUUUGACAAACUGUUAAAUUUGACUCCUGUGUAUAAAUUGAAUGACAUUUCCAAAUUAAGAAAAAUGCAUAAUGAAAUAGAAACAAAUGUAAGAAGUCUAUCAUCUUUGGGAAUUAAAGCGGAAACGUAUAGUCCAAUGCUUACCGCAGUUAUACUUAAAAAUAUUCCUAGUGUUCUGACUUUGGAAUUUAAUCGGAAAAAUGUGAAUAAUUCGAAUACUGAUAUUUUUGAAUUGCUAUAUUUCAUUCAAACUGAAAUCAAAGUUCGAGAGCGUAGUUUUUUUCAUCAUAAUAGCGGAUUUAAAGAACCAGAUUGCUCUGAAAAUAAACCCUAUUGGAAGAACCCGAAGUCAGUUCCCUCCACACAUGAAUUUGUCGCAGUUGCAGAAGAAAAAUCGAAACCGAAUAAUAAAUCUAAUGAAGAAUCUUUUGUGGACGAUGGGACAGAUAAUGUAAUUUCUGCUGUAUCGCAUAUGGGAAAUAAAAAUAGGACUCUUUUGCAAACGAGCUAUGUGUUAGCAAAAAAUGGAAUCUUAGAUUCCAACUGUGGUACGCGGGUUUUACUGGACUGUGGUUCGAUGCGUAGCUUUACCACGCAAAACAUAGCUAAUAAAUUAAAAUGCCAAGUACUGAGGAAAGAAAAAUUAUCUGUGUACACAUUUGGAAGUAAAAUCCCGAUCGAGAAACAGUAUGAUGUCAUCAAACUUACGUUAAUCAACAGAAACUCCCCCGACUUAAAAAUAGAAAUUGAAGCGUUGGUUACAAACGAAAUAUCUGGAUCAAAUAUUCCCCCUCCCAAAGUUGAAGACUUUAAGGGUAUGAAACGGCUAAAAAAUAUGACACUCGCGGAUUUUCCAGAGAGUAAAGAGCCCAUCACAAUUUUAAUUAUUGCUGAUUAUUAUUAUAACGUUGUCACGGGAAAUAUAAAGCAUUUGAGCAAAUCACUAGUUGCAGUUGAAACAAUUUUUGGCUGGUGUUUGCAAGGGAAAAAGAGUGAAAAUAACAUUUCUUUAAUGAUGAACGUAGUCGUCAAAGAUAGCGUGAUUUCAGAGCAAAAUCAGAAGUUUUGGGACUUGGAGACUUCAGGUCUUGUUGAUUCGAAGCAAGAUACUGAUAAACCUUUUAGAAUUUUGUUGGAUUUAACGGAGUUGCAUGUCGAAGGGUUUAAAUAUGUUUGGAUUAAUGCAUCGCCUCGUGAAAUGAAAACAAUAUCCGACUUAAAAUCUGAUUUAUUAAAAAAACUGAAUUUGAAAAGACAUGAUAUUAAGCUGUUCGUCCGAGAUGGCUUACUUCUGGAUGAAUAA